AUGCCGAAUAACACGAGGAUCAUGUCUAUCCUGAAUGUCACACCGGACUCAUUCUCAGAUGGCGGCCAAAAUUACAAUAUCGAUGAAGCAACCCUAACCAACACCAUUCGCGAGCACAUCUUGACCGGAGCCACAAUCAUCGACGUAGGCGGACAGUCGACACGGCCCGGUGCCGUCCAGGUCUCCGCGGAAGAAGAGCUAGCUCGUGUCCUCCCAGCUGUAGAGCUGAUCCGCUCAAUGCCAGAGGCAAACAACAUCGCAAUCAGCGUUGACACAUACCGCGGUAGCGUCGCCGAAGCCGCCAUCAACGCCGGCGCAAACAUGAUCAACGACGUCAGUGCAGGUGCCAUGGACGACACGAUGCUUUCCACCAUGGGAAAACUUGGCUGUACAGUCUGUCUCAUGCACAUGCGCGGCACGCCGGAAACCAUGACCAGUCCUGAAAUGACAUCCUACCCCGACGGCAUCAUAGAGACCGUAGGCCGCGAACUCGUCGAGCGCGUUAUUGCUGCGGAAAAGGCGGGUGUCAGGCGCUGGCGUAUCGUUCUCGAUCCUGGUAUUGGCUUUGCGAAGACAAAGGAACAUAAUCUUGAACUACUUCGCCGACAGGAUGAGUUGAUGAGGUAUCCGGGUCUGGAAGGCAUUCCUUGGCUUGUGGGUACGAGUCGGAAGAAGUUUAUCGGCGAUAUUACGGGGGUCAAGGAAGCGAAAGAUAGGGUCUGGGGGACUGCUGUUGGGGUGGCAGCGGCUAUCAGGGGUGGUGCGCAGAUUUUGAGGGUCCAUGAUGUUAGGGAGAUGGCGCAGGUAGCGAAGAUGGCAGAUGCGCUGUGGCGCACGUGA